AUGUCAGCUACACAUGAUAAAAAUCUGACAAAUUUUAAUCAAAAAGAAAGUUUUAGAUUACGGCAUUACUUACAAUCGUGGAAAUAUUUCUUUCCUUUUAUUAAGGAAUUGAAAAAGCAACUCACGUUUCGUGCAGAAAUUGUGAAUAACGUUAGGGGAAAUAUAAUCAAAAUCCUCCAUAAAUUCAACUAUGUACCUAGCUAUAAUACAACAUUAGUAGGUGUCCAUAUACGAAGAGGUGAUUUAGUUAAUAGAGGAGAUAGGAAUGUUGCUUCACCGGAAUAUCUGAUAAGAGCUGUCAAAUAUUUCAAGGACAGAUAUACAAAUAUUAUAUUUAUAGUUGCAUCUAAUGAAAUAGCUUGGGCCAAAAAAUACAUGCCUUCUGAUAUAUCUGUAGAAUUCAUACAAAACAGAGCUGAGGUUGACAUGGCAACAUUGGAAUCUUGCAACCAUACAAUUAUAAGCUUUGGUUGGUGGUCUGGAUGGUUGGCUGGUGGAGUAGUGACAUACUUCAAAUGGCCAGCUAAACCAGGAUCAGGUUUGGAGAAAAGAAUGAAUUACACGGAUUAUUUCUAUCCAGGAUGGAUUGGGUUGUAA